AAAGGUGACCUGGUCACUGGAAUCAGAACCCAAAGAACCAUUGCUUCAAUGUAAUUGCCAGCCAUGGACUCCUCCGGCGGCAUUGCGGAUCUGACCAGCGUAUCCUUCGCAGACUUCGAGACCAAAGCAGCCGAGGGUGAAGUUUCCUGGCCUCAGGCAAAGGAUAUCACCCUAGAUCUUUCGCUGGGUCAGAAGACGUUAUUUGCCGCUGACCAGACGCCUACGCCAACACGCCUUAUCAAGAACUGCGACGAAGUGGGACUCUUCGAGGAUCUGCAGCACGUGAAUCCUUUUGACAUUGGCUUCCAGCGUGCGGCGGAGCAGAAUGUUUCUGGAACUCCAAAACGACCGGAAGCUCCUCCAGUAGAUGGGGAGUCCCUCCACACGCCACAGGUGUUUCCCUUGGAAAACGCUAGUACUCCAGGGCCAUCCGGAAAUACAGUCUCGCGAAGCGACAGCUGCAGCAAUGUGGAUGUGGAACAGCUGCUGGCAACCUCUGCGACUCCUCUUAAUUCGGAACCUCCUGCCACUUCUUUAGCUGUGGAGCCUCCGCCACUGCAGCUCAUCCAACCCCAAGUCUUUACCUGGGUACUGCCUGCACAAUCCUGCCCUGUACCCUUGGUAGAGGCGAAAAAAUCCCAUUCGAACUCCACACGACCCUUCAUCUUGCCCAAGCCCAGUGCAGAAACCUCGAAGAAAAAGCGACCCGAACCCAUCCUAGUGAGCUGUAAUACGCCCAAUCCCGAACCCAGCAGCGCCAGCUUGACGCCCACAUCACAGCUCCCGAUUAAGGAGCGUUUAAAGGCGAUCCUGCAUAGCAAUAACCUUAACCGAAGACCCUUCAGCACAUCUCCGCAGGUCGUGAGAUCCAAGGAUGCAAAGGACCGGGACGCGGAUUGCAUGGAACGGAGAAGAGUAGCUGCCAGACGCUACAGAAACAAGGUCCGCAACGAGCACAAGGAUCUGCUGAAGCAAAAUAACCAGUUGCAGCAGGAGAACCAUGAACUGCGCGAAAUGAUCGCUCGGCUGGAGAAGGAGCUGAAGCAACAGAAGCUGAGCCACAACAGCAUAGCUGGGGUAGUGAGCAGCCAACUGCAUGUUCCUCCCUCCAGCUUUCACCUGCUUAUCAACGUUCCAAACAUCGUAGUGCCUUCACCAUUGGCUAAGAAGUAAACCUGACAAUAUGGACUACCACCAGAAGCUGCCACGUUAUUAUAUUUUUUUUUCCCAGUGAUUUGGUGGCAGUCCUUGCUGUAUUUUGAGUUCAGUGCCAUGUCGUUUAGGAGUAUUUCUAUCUAAUUUUAUUUGUACAAUAAGGCUUUAUCCGUUGUUCCAUUAAACUAGGAAACUUUACCCCUGCAUACCCUACUUGAA